UUUGUAUUCUGAAGGGGCCCUUGCUAGUGGAUGGGGUCCCCUCCCACGUGAGAGUGGCACGAGACUCUAUUAUUGUUGAUUUUUGAUCGAACCACCUUUUUAUACAUAAAGGUGGCGCCUGCCAUCUGUUGAUCAGAUCUGCUACAGUAUAUAGCUGAAUAUUCAUCUCCACCAUUUUCAUAUCUUCCCAAGCCAGAAACACUCUCACAACCUUCUCUUUUUCUCUCUCUCUCUCUAUCUCGGUAAGAUGAGACUCUGUCAAAAUCGCCCAGAUGGUGGAUUCAGCGCUCACGUCGAAUUUGGAGGUCAAACGAUCCUGUCGACAUGUUUCGACGAUACCAUACUCAUACCUCUUGGAUCAUGGGCUUUCAUCCUCUUCACCGGCAUGUCAUUCCUCAUCUUUCGCAGGCGGGGACAGGCAUCCAACGUGGGAGAUCAUUUGAUGAACCAUGGAGGCAAAGAUGUGGAAUUGUCAACGGCGACGAAUCAUCAUCCUUCUCAUCUUGUUUCUGAAUCGCCAGCCACCACCACCACAUCGUCUCCUGCUAAUCGCUCGACCUAUCCAAGGCUACGUAAAACUCUUCUGGUCAUCAUAACCUUCCUCCUCGUCGCUCUUGUUGCCAUGCACGCAUUGGAGAUCGCUAGACUCUCGGCAAAUCACCAGGGUAUAGGUCUUUUACCUUUUGUCUUUGUUCCCCUGCUCCUCAUCAUCGUCAGCUUGUACGUCCCCACAACCGCUUGGAGCCGCGACGGGUUCACUAAACCCGCUCGACCUCAUGGUCUCGUGUGGCUCAUAGGCGUCACGCUCUAUUGUCUCUGGAUGUCAGCGACAUACGGUGUCAAGAUUUGGUCUCUCAAAGCAGUGUACAAUGUCAUAGGAAUGCGAGCGUACGACGGAGUCAACAGUCAGUACAAGGAGUCGGACAAAGUGGUCGAUUCUGUCACCAUCCUCGCAGUAUACUACGUUUUCAUGAUGUUGUACGUCAACAUGAUAUUCUUCGAGUAUAACGUCUACGGCUGGAAGAGGUUCUGGUGAUACGAGCCAUCAUCACCGGACCAGUAUGCAUAUAUGAAAAU